GUCAGACGUUACGUCCGCUCUUGGUACGAGUGAGCCAAGAUGGCGGACUCGGUAGCGGCGGGGCUCGGAGACGAAAAUGAGACGGAAAAUGAAGAUAAGGAGAGGGAGAAACUGGCUUUCCGCGCUACGGCCAAGGCAGAAAUAAACAGCGGUGCUUCGGAACUGACGGAGACUUUGGGGUUUUACGAGAAAAAGGCGAAAAAACAGGACAAGCGCAGCGUCUCGGACCUGUCUCUGCUGCGGUUUGUCAGAGCUGAGUUGACGAGAGGAUAUUUUCUGGAACACAACGAGGCCAAAUACACGGAAAGGAGAGAGAGAGUCUAUACCUGCCUGCGCAUCCCCAAAGAACUGGAGAAGCUGAUGAUCUUUGGCUUCUUCCUGUGUCUGGAUGCAUUUCUCUACGUGUUCACACUGUUACCCCUCAGAGUCCUGCUGGCCCUCAUCAGGCUGCUAACACUGCCAUGCUGCGGACUCAGAGGCUCUCGUCUCCUUCAGCCCGCUCAGGUGUGUGAUGUGCUGAAAGGCUUCAUCAUGGUGCUGUGUUACUCCAUGAUGCACUACGUGGAUUAUUCCAUGAUGUACCAUCUGAUCCGGGGGCAGUCAGUCAUCAAACUGUACAUCAUCUACAACAUGCUGGAGGUGGCAGACCGAUUGUUUUCGUCCUUUGGGCAGGACAUUUUGGACGCUCUCUACUGGACAGCCACGGAGCCCAAAGAGAGAAAGAGAGCUCACAUAGGUGUAAUACCUCACUUUCUAAUGGCUGUCCUUUAUGUCUUUCUUCAUGCCAUUCUGAUCAUGGUUCAAGCCACCACCUUAAACGUGGCAUUCAACUCCCACAACAAAUCUCUGCUCACCAUUAUGAUGUCCAACAAUUUUGUUGAGAUCAAAGGGAGCGUGUUUAAGAAGUUUGAGAAGAAUAACCUCUUUCAGAUGUCCAACAGUGAUAUCAAAGAAAGAUUCACAAACUACGUGCUGUUAUUAAUCGUAUGUCUUCGAAACAUGGAACAGUUCUCCUGGAACCCAGAUCAUCUGUGGGUGCUGCUUCCUGACGUGUUUAUGGUCAUUACUUCGGAGAUGGCCGUGGACGUGGUGAAACACGCCUUCAUCACCAAGUUUAACGACAUCCCAGCAGACGUGUAUGGUGAAUACAGAGCAAGCUUGGCCUUUGAUCUGGUCAGCAGUAGACAGAAAAAUGCAUAUACUGACUAUAGCGACAGUGUAUCAAGGAGAAUGGGCUUCAUCCCUCUUCCUCUAGCUCUACUGCUCAUCCGGGUGGUGACGAGCUCAGUGAAAAUUCAAGGCGCCCUCUCCCUCGUGUGUGUGAUCCUUUUCUAUCUUGGUAUGAUCACACUAAAGGUGCUGAAUAGCAUCGUGUUGUUGGGAAAGUCGUGUGUGUACGUGAAAGAAGCGAACAUGGAGGAGAAGCUGUUCCAGUCUCCUCCCUCCGCCACUCCCAGCCGAGCAUCAAGUAGAGCUCAUCAUGCAAAACGCACACGAGAGCCAACAAGCAAGCCAGCGGAAGAGGGCAUAUCUCCGUCAGUUAUAAAUCAACCAGUCCACCAGAUGGAGAACCCCGUGCCUGAUCUCCCAACCAGCGAAUCGGAUCAGUUCCUCACGACGCCCGACGAAUCGGAGGAGAAGGACAUCACCACCACGCAGGACGGAACAGAACUCGUCCACAGAGCUCCUAAGAAAGACCUGCUGGAGAUCGAUCGUUUCACGAUCUGCGGGAACCGGAUCGACUGACGCUCUACACGCUCGACUGUACAGAAUGACGAAAGCUAGGAGGUGUCUACUGGCUUGACCUUUUGACUCUCUGCUUGAAGGAUCAAGGUAGAAAGAGCGAGCGGGAUAUUUAUUAAGAAGCGCACCUAAUUUAUUUAAGUUUCAAACUGAAACACACUCAUCCUAACCUUCUCCUCUGUACCGGACUCGUGGAUAAUUCCGACCUUCCCAAAGGUCCUCAUGUACUCAGACAGCACCAGGAACAGACCUGGACCUUUCACCAUCCUGACAGACAGAAAGAAAGAGUGACUGAUCACUUUGGGCAACGACUCAACGAAAGACCGAUGUUAAUACGAGGUCAAUCAUGACUAAACUUUAGGUCAUUUUGAAGUGGUGGCUUAAUAUGUGGCUUUUUUUUUAUUUUUCAUGCUAAGUUGCAUUUUCAUAAAGUGCUGAAGUUGCACGUGUUUUUUUUUUUUGUUUUUUUUUUAAAUCAUCCUUUUUAUAUGAACAGUGAUUUGAACACAUUGAUUUUAUGCUUGUGUAGAAAUGACAGAUGAGUAGGUAACGUUUUAUACAAAGGUUCCCUUAACUAACAUUUAAUUACGGAUUAACAUGAAAAACGAGCGUUAGCAAACUAUUCAUAAUGUUAACAAAGUAAAAAGGGCACGUUAACAGAUGUGUUAAUUGACAUUUGUUUAAACGUUAAUAAGAUGCACCUACAGUGACCGUUUAUUUAGUCCAUGGGUAAAAAUAAUUCCAUAUAAAUGAGCAAAAAUUCAAUUGUGUCAUGUUCCUAAAUUCAAACUUUGGUCUCUAGGUGUAAAUAUUGGACUUUUACAGUUCUGAUUUUUGCUCAGUAUGGUUUAAUAAGGUGUUUAUUGGUUGUUGUGGGCUUCGUUUUACACCUGAAUUGUCGGUUUAAUGCAGGUAAAUAUCUGAAACAUCAAUUAAUAGAAGUAUUUAAAUACUUUUGUUACUUACAGAUGUAAAAUGUUAAAGUUCAUCAUUGAUGUUAACUGAUACACUGAAUGACAAUUACGGGAACCUUAAUGUAAAGUGUUACUGAUAAAUUCAGUACAGCAGCUCAGCUUUGUAUAUCUGGAUCCAUAAGACCAGCAUUAGACUGAAGUAUCUUAGUUACUUUAAUUUUCUGAAGCGUCACUUCGGACCAUUUAAAUGAAGCACAAAAUAGAUGUAAAAUAUAAGCUGUAUUGCGCUUUCAUUUUUUAAUUUUUUUAUUUUUAAGCAAAAAUGUGUUCAUUUCAAAGCAUUUUAUCAUUCAGGUAUUUUUCAUAUUUUUCCGCCAGUCUUAAUUUAGGCCGAAGACCUCGUUAAUAUCACGCAUUACACUUCAAUGCUUGUGAAUUGCACAUUAGUUUGCUAUAUAGACAUUAAAUGUGUAUAGUUUUUUUUUUUUAAUACAUUCACAUCAGAAACUGAAUAAAACACUAUAGACAAAAUACAAUAAAGUCACAUGCAAGUUAAUAGUACACAUGAGGUACAUUUAGAAGCUGAUUUCAUGUAUAUAAUAAACGAAUAUAUUCCGUCUGAGCCCUUGGGUUAAAAUAUCCAUUCUUGGUUAGAUUUCUUUUAUUCUCCAAACAUCCAACCUGACGUGCGAUUUAUUUUGGCGUGUUUUCAGUCACUGUAUUUUACGUAUUAAGUUCAUACUUUGUGCAUUGAGUUGCUGUGUUUGUUCCCCCUACUUAAUAUUUUACAUAUCUAAAUAGAUAUUUCUUUUUAAAUGCCAAACAGAAAUUGCUGUUUGUCAUACCAGUACGGUUUCAGAGAUUCAACAUGAUGCCAAUCACCUCAAGCUGCUCAUACCUUUAAUUCUAUGUUGCUGAUUUGCAGUGCUUUCAUUUUUUGGGGGGGAUUUCAUGCAACUUUGACAUAAGGGAUGUUUUGUUUGAAUAAGUCGUCUCAUGCACCUGAUCCAAUUUAAUGCACAUAAUUUGUUCAUUCCAAGAAAUUGUAUUUAUCCAAGAGUUGAUUUCUGGCAGUUGAUUUUCUGAUAACUGUUUGGUAAAAACGUGCAUUACUUCAAUUAUGUCUCACGCCAAAUGGAGCCUCUAUUAGACAGUCCCUACAGGAUUUCAUCAUUUUUGUGAUCGCAAAAUUGAGCAAACUCUACAGUAUUCGCAGGAGCGUGCAAUUUUUCCAAAUUACCGCGGGUUUUCCACGGAUUUGGGCCGAGACGAGUCAUGUGACGUCUUCACAACGCGCAUUCGGUCAAAGCCGUCUUCGAUUCACGUGCGUCAAACAUGAGAACAGCUAAAAGGUCUUAUUUACCAACAAACAUCACUGUGAAACAAAAAAGUACAAAAAUACGUUGCGAAUUUUGAAAAAAGCUGCAGCAAAGCCAAACGUUUUUGGCCGCAGUGAUCACCAAAAAAAACAGAAAUUCUGUACGGACUGAAUAUUUAUUUUAUAUUUAUUUUAUAUAGUGAGUGAGUGAGAGAAUAAGAACAACCGACAGUCAAUUUGUGUAAUUAUAUUGCUGACAUUUGAGCAAAUCACAUGUUCAUUAGUUUUCUCUGCUGGAAAUGUAAAAAAUCUGAAGACGUAAAUUGGAUCUUUCAAGCUUAAUUCAUAGCGGGAUUCCCAGUAGAAUUUUUAAUGAUGUUUAUAAAAACAUUUUUCCCCUUCCACUAUAAAACAUUUUAUAUCUAAAGAAUGAUUAUGGAUGUUGUUACAUUCGCAUCCAAAAAUCGCAUUUUAGCUCUACAGUGUAAACAUAAUAUUUCUGCAGCUUCCUAGUCCGGUGAUUAUUGAGUAAUUAUUAGCAUCUCACUAAGCUCGUGGAGAAUAUAUUUGCCAAAAUGUCUGCAUCGUUCCGUUUCCUUUUUAUUUGAAUAAAUUCAGAAGAUUAUGAAUCAUUGCAACAGUGUGUGGAAACGUCAGAAUUGUUUUCCUAUUGAUUCUACACUUCUGUCUCCAGCCUUAUGCGUUUGUUAAAAAGCUGCUCUGAUUUUGGUUCAGGAUUUAUAUUUGAGUUUAUAUUGUAAUUGCUUUGAACCAGAACAUAAAUGUAAGUGACUUGAAAAUAAUCUUUUUUGGAUUUGAAAAUUCUUUGAAACUUCCUAAAUAUUGGGAUACCGUUAAGAGCUCUUCAUUAGGCAUAUUUAAAGGUCUGAACUGUCACUGACGUUGCCUCUACUUCCACGCCUUUGACUGAGAUAAGGAAAUACAUCAGGUCAGUACUGUUUUUGUUUGUUUGUUUGUUUUGUAUUUGCUUUUUUAUUUUGAUUUGUUUUUUUUUUUUUAAGAGGAAGCCUUCAUACCAGCAUACCGUUUAUGGAUCAAUUUUACAUCUGUAACAAAAUCACACACAGUUGUUUUUUUUUUUUUUUUUUUUUUUUUUUUUUUUUUUUUUUAAAUUGUAUUAUAAAGGUGUCUUAACUUACUGAAUAUUUCUUUUGCCGUUCUUUUUCUCCAUGUUAAAACUGUCUACGUCGUCCAUCGAUUUGAUUUCGUGAAUAAUUAUUUUUUCAUUCUUUCGGAACAGAGCAAGAUUGUCACGUUGUUAUUUUGUGGAUGGAUUUUCAAGGCAAGGGUAGAGGAGGAAGGAAUCGUGUUGGUGAAUAAAUGUUUUGUUUUGUA